AUGCCUUCGUUAUUGAGUAGGAGGUUGACUUUGUUGUUGACUCUUGUGGCUUUCUUUUCAUUCUUGCUCAUAGCGAGCGCUUCUUCUUGCUCAAUGCCUAGAAAGUUUCUUAACUCUUCAUCUUACAUUUCCGAUUCCGAUUGGUCUCCGGCAGAUGCUACGUGGUACGGAAGUCCUAUCGGGAAUGGAAGUGAAGGUGGUGCUUGUGGAUAUGGCGAUUCUGUCGGAAAACCUCCAUUUUCUUCAAUGAUAUCAGCGGGAGGCUCGCCUAUAUAUAAAUCAGGAAAAGGCUGUGGAGGGUGUUAUGAGGUGAAGUGCUCGUCAAAUCCAGCAUGUUCAGGUAACCCAGUGAUUGUUGUGAUCACUGAUGAGUGUCCUGGGUGUGGUUCUGAUCAGAGAUUUCACUUUGAUAUGAGUGGCACUGCUUUUGGUGCCAUGGCUGUUUCUGGUAAAGAAGAUCAACUACGCAAUGCUGGCAAGUUGGAGAUUCAAUAUAGAAGUGUUAAAUGCAACUUCCCAGGGACUAAUAUAGAAUUCAAAGUGGACUCCGGAUCAAAUCCCUAUUAUUUUGCUGUUGUGAUACAAUAUGAGAAUGGUAACGGCCUUGCCAACGUUGAACUGAAGGAAGGUGAGGGCUCAGCAUCAUGGCGCCCCAUGGAACAAUCCUGGGGUGCAGUCUGGAAGCUCAACUCUGGCUCACCGCUUCAGGCACCGUUCUCUGUCCGGCUAACCGCACCAGAGUCACCGGACUCUCAGAACACCGUCGAGGCAAGCAAUGUGAUACCGGCAGGGUGGAGUCCUGGUCAGACUUAUCGAUCUCUGGUGAACUUCAACUAA